UCCCAGCGGACUGUAUUUCCUCGCUGUCUCUUCGUCUGGAGGUCGUUCCGCUUGUGUCUUUCGUCAUUUUUUCCCCUGGUGAAAGUAACACUUUUUGCAAUCAUGACUGGCAGGAAGUUUUUCGUCGGUGGCAACUGGAAAAUGAACGGCGACAAAAAGAGCAUUGAAGAGCUCGCCAACACUUUGAAUAACGCUAAACUCAACCCAGACACCGAGGUUGUGUGUGGUGCCCCAACCAUCUACCUCGACUUUGCCAGGUCCAAGCUGAAACCUAACAUUGAUGUGGCAGCGCAGAACUGCUACAAGGUUGCAAAGGGAGCCUUCACCGGAGAGAUCAGCCCAGCAAUGAUUAAGGAUUGUGGAGUAAAAUGGGUGAUUCUGGGACACUCUGAGAGACGCCAUGUGUUCGGAGAGAGUGAUGAGUUGAUUGGACAGAAGGUCGCUCAUGCUCUUGAGAGCGGUUUGAGUGUGAUCGCCUGCAUUGGUGAGAAGCUGGAUGAGAGGGAGGCCGGAAUCACAGAGAAAGUGGUCUUUGCACAGACCAAGAUCAUUGCAGACAAUGUGAAGGAUUGGAGCAAAGUGGUCCUUGCUUAUGAGCCUGUUUGGGCCAUUGGCACUGGCAAAACUGCAUCACCCCAACAGGCUCAGGAGGUACAUGACAAGCUCAGGCAAUGGAUGAAGACUAAUGUCUCAGAGACUGUUGCCAGCUCCGUCAGGAUCAUCUAUGGAGGGUCUGUCACUGGAGGGAGCUGCAAGGAGCUCGCUUCCCAGAAAGACGUGGAUGGCUUCUUGGUGGGCGGCGCUUCCUUGAAACCAGAGUUUAUCGAGAUUAUUAAUGCGAAAGCAUAAAGAGCUGAAACCAUCGCUCUAAUUAGGUCUGCUCCCAAAUCCUGCUCUUCUUUAGAAAGUGUUAUUGUUGCAAUUGUUUCAGUUGUUUUUGUAUUGUUGUUAUAAAUGGACGGCUUGAGUUUUAUUCCACUGAAACGUGUGCUACUAAGCCUCCUUUGUGUAGUGAAGUAUAGGACUGUAAUGAGAACCAUCAUGGGGCUUUAGGGCCCACGCCUUUACUUGAAUAAUGCUUACCAACAUUCUUUACACAGUGUCAAAAAUCUAGGAUGAAAUCAAUCAACCUCUGUGUCUUUUUAAUUGAAGUGAAACUACUUUCCAUUAAUGUGAUUGUCCUGAUAUUUUCCUGUCCCUCAAAGAGUCUGUCUCUAACUGGCCUGUUGCAAAGUUGCUCAUAUGUAACCAUGGUUAUUUGAUAUAGAGGACAAGACGAAAAUAUUAUAAUAAAUGCUUCAAAAGUGUACAACUA